AUGGCCGUGCAAUCUACGCUUCGUCAUUCGGCCUCCGAAGAUGCCCUUGUGGCCUUUCUGGACAAGUACAAGAAGCUGAUCGAGGAUCGCUUUCGAAACACCUCUCGACGAACCAAACUCCUUGCGACCGUCGCCCUCGCUGCCUCUAUAAUCCUCGGAGCUGAAGGUAGCCGGAGAUGGUGGAAGCGGACGAGGCAGGAGAAAGAGCAAGGACGGAAACUCCUGCGCACAAACUCCUGGCUCUUCAACAAGGAUGGAUCGCGAACCAUCUACGUCCCCUAUAGAGAUAGUACGUCAAAGGUGGUCAUCCAGAGGACGAAGCCUCUGACCUUCGAGGCGCACCGCCGGCUCUUCCUGAACCCGCCCAAGGUCUCUGGCCUUGGCGAUGGCACUGUGCCUUCGGCGCAAACCAAACCUGGGCUGAAUCUUGCCUUCUUGCAUCAGUUCUUGAGCUUGAUGAGCAUUAUGAUACCGCGAUGGACGAGCAAGGAGGCAGGCUUGCUCGUGAGUCACGGCGCAUUUCUUAUGCUGCGAACCUAUCUUUCGUUAGUAGUUGCGCGCCUGGAUGGUGAGAUCGUUCGUGACUUGGUUGCUGGCCACGGCCGACAGUUCCUAUGGGACUUACUCAAGUGGUGUGGACUUGGUGGCUUCGCCUCUUAUACCAAUUCCAUGAUCAAGUACCUAGAAUCCAAGGUAUCCAUCGCGUUUCGAACUCGGUUGACCCGAUAUAUCCACGACCUAUACCUCAAUGACAACCUCAACUACUACAAGUUAGCAAACUUGGACGGCGGAGUCGGCCAAGGGACUGAUCAGUUCAUCACUCAAGACCUGACCCUUUUCUGCGCUUCCGCUGCCAACUUGUAUUCAUCACUCGGCAAACCAUUCGUCGAUCUAUGUGUCUUCAAUUACCAGCUUUACCGCUCAUUGGGCCCCUUGGCACUGACUGGUCUACUGAGUAACUAUUUUCUUACAGCGAGCAUCCUUCGAAGGAUGUCUCCGCCCUUUGGCAAACUCAAGGCAGUCGAGGGCCGCAAAGAGGGAGACUUCAGAAGUCUGCAUGCUCGUCUGAUCGCCAAUGCUGAAGAGGUCGCCUUCUACGGAGGUGCUGAGAUGGAGAAAACGUUCUUGAACAGGGAGUUUCGAUCCUUGAAGAGCUGGAUGGAGGGCAUUUACAUGCUGAAAAUCAGGUAUAACAUCCUCGAGGACUUCAUCUUGAAAUACAGCUGGAGUGCCUACGGGUACCUCCUGUCCUCCCUUCCGGUCUUUCUCCCGGCCUGGGGUGGCAUGGGGGGCGCAUCGGAGAUGGACGACAGUGCUAUAAGGGGCGGGCGCGAACGCAACCGUAUGAAGGACUUCAUCACCAACAAAAGGCUCAUGCUUUCCCUUGCGGAUGCUGGUGGCCGUAUGAUGUAUUCCGUCAAAGACCUUUCAGAGUUGGCCGGGUACACGAGCCGCGUUUACACGCUCAUCUCCACGAUGCAUCGCGUACAUGCCAAUGCCUAUUUCCCUCGCCCGAGUGGCAACGAGCUCUACUCGCAGUCUGACGUCCAAGGGACUAUCCAAAAGGGCUUCGAUGGCGUGAGAUUAGAGCAUGUUCCUGUGGUUGCGCCCGGGCUCUGGCCGCAGGGGGGCGACGAGCUGUUGGAGUCGCUAUCCUUGAUUGUCCGCCGGGGAGAGCAUCUACUGAUCUCGGGGCCCAACGGCGUCGGAAAGACAGCCAUUUCACGAGUCCUCGCUGGACUCUGGCCGGUUUAUCGUGGCCUGGUGAGCCGACCCAAGUCGAUCGGCCAGGAUGGUAUCAUGUUCCUUCCCCAGCGACCGUAUCUUAGCAUCGGCACUCUGCGCGACCAGGUCAUCUACCCGGACGGCGAGCUAGAUAUGCGCCUGAAACGUAAGAGCGAGGACGACUUGAAGGCAGUGCUGGAUGCUGCCAAACUGGGAUACCUGCCUGACCGAGAGGGUGGAUGGGACACUCGAAAAGAGUGGAAAGACGUCUUGAGUGGCGGUGAGAAACAGCGAGUCGGCAUCGCGCGCCUCCUAUAUCACGAACCUCACUACGCCAUCGUUGAUGAGGGCACGAGCGCAGUCUCGAGCGACGUUGAGGGUCUCCUCUACGAAACUUGCAAAGAGAGGGGAAUCACUUUGAUCACUAUCUCCACCAGAGCAUCCCUGAAGAAGUAUCACACAUUCAACCUUGUCCUCGGCCUAGGCGACAACAGUGACGAGUGGGAGUUUGAACGCAUCGGGACUGAGAGAGAAAAGAUGCAAGUCGAGCGCGAGCUGCAGGAGCUCCACGAGCGACUCGCCCAAGUCGAGCAGUGGAAGCAGCGGCGGGAAGAGAUUGAACAAGAGCUCGCUCAAGUUUGGGUUGAGAAGGGGGACGACCCUUUAGAACCACCGCCAUAUGUCGAAAAUGCUGGAGCAAUCGAUGAUGCUAUUCAGUCGGUCCAGAGCGAAGUCCAGUGA